UCCGAAUCAUAGAGGAUAUUCGUCAGCGACCGACCCAUUUCACCCUAAAAGAUGAAAAGUUAAUUCCUGUGCAUAUCGGCGUGUUACAAUUCCAUUCCCCAUUCAUACGACACAACAAAGUUAAAACAACAAGCCCGAGGAAGAAAAAUUGUAGUUUUCCUCUUUGCUAACAAUGGAACAACAAAACCAACAAAGCGGCCUCAUAACAGCGCCACCGUGUACGAGGUACUUCCAUUUUCCGAAUCAAUUUGCUAAUGAUUGUACCGUAAAUAAUUGAUACAGUUGUCGUCCCCGGGGACCGUUGAUUAAUGGGUUCGAAGAACAUCACACCCCUCACCCCGGUCGAUGCGUGUGGUCUUGGAGUGCAACCGACCGAAAACCCAACGGUUAAGAUACAUGGGUACACAUUCUCCUACGAUAGCAAUUUGUGUCCCUCAGUGCCCCGGAGCGAGUGUGCAAAAAUCAUGUCCGUUAAUCCGGUUCGCGGGUUGCUCGAUUCGCUGUCCGUGCUGUUUUACAUUUCCUCCAUCUUUGGCGUCAUUCCGUACUCGCUGUGGGCGUUUGCCAAGCGCACCGCAAUUCAGCUCUCCCUAGUUGGCAACGUGUGGGUAGUUGGCAGCCUGGUCGUCUACACGGGCCUGUACCAUGUGGCAACAAUCAACUACACGAAGGACGAUUGGGGAUCGCAAAAGACGCUCACGAAUGCGAUCGGCAUCUUCAUCAUCUACAUGGAACCGUUUAUGAUGGCGGUGGACAUGGUGGCGGGUAUGAUCAAUCAGAAACGACUGGCCCAGUGCUUCGAUCGGCUGGCCCGCCUCGACAACCAUCUAGCCGGGGAGGGCGUGCUGAUCAACAACGGGCGAAUGCGCCGGUACAGCAUCGUGCUGUUGCUGCUGAUGCUGCUGUUCGAGGCGAUCAUCACCGUGUACAGCUUUGUGGCGUUUGAGGAAGAGUUUAACGCCUGGUCCCUGAUCUGGUUCAUCACGACCAUACCGACCGCACUGAACUCGGUGUGCCGCAUCUGGUACGUGAUGCUGGUGUCCGCCAUCCGGCAGCGCUUCAACGCAAUGAACGCGCACAUGAACGCGAUCGCCCACGGCAUACUGCACUACAAGGACCAGUGCGCGGGCGAACCGGAUGCGGACAUUGCCGAGAUACCGCUCGACUAUCUGGAGAAGGAGAUAUUCACCGUUUACACGCAGCGCCGCAAGCAGCUGACGGUGCCGACUCCUCCCAAGAAGACGAACGCCAAUGCCACCACCAAGGUGAUCACCGUGAAACCGUACCAACCGAAGCAACCGGCCAGUCCACCACUGAAACCAUCCGUUACGUCACCACCGCCACACCGCAACAGUGCCAUCCAGCCGUGGCCCGCCGGAGCAGACGCAGUCGGGUACGGUCCGGCUCAGGAGUUCCUGCCGACCGAUCGGCGGCUACGGCCCCACAUCGAGCAACGGCUGGACAACAAGCUGAUACUGUUCUGCCGGACGCACGACGAGCUGUGCGAGAUCGGCAAGGUCGUCAACCGGAUGUACAGCGUGCAGAUGCUGGUGGCGAUGGCGCACGGCUUUGUCGCCAUUACGGCCGAGUUUUACUUUCUCUACUGUAGCCUCACGCAGCAGGACGUGCCGAUACUGUUCCGGACGGCGGAAGUGUUUCUGCUCGGGCUGGCGUACAUCGUCUACACGGCGCUCAAGUGCAUCGUGCCGAUCUUUGUGUGCUGGAGGACGAAAACCGACUCGCAGCGAACCGGCAUCGAGCUGCACUAUCUGGCGAACGCGGUCGACGAGGUCCACUGUUACGAGGUGGUUAACCAUCUGUCGCUGAAGCUGCUAAACCAUCAGCUUAACUUUAGUGCCUGUGGCUUUUUCGACCUGGACAUGACGACACUGUACGCGAUAACCGGCGCAAUCACCAGCUACCUGAUCAUACUGAUCCAGUUCAAUCUCGCAGCGAUACAGAAAUCGAACAGCAACUCAACGAUCGCCUCGAAUGUCAGCACCACGGCCAUGGCGGUUGUGGAGGGCGUCGUUACCACCGCACUAACGACGUACGUUUCGAAUUGAAGCCAGCAGGCCUCCCCGAGCGCAGGCUCUCCUCAGUGUCGAUUAUACUACAAACUGGCUUAUCCUAUUUUCGGACUGUCCAGAGCAGGACAGGACAGAGAGCGAGUACCGAGAGACCGUCGCAUCGCAUAUGUUUGUCAUAAGCACUUUUAUUCUUCAUAGUUUUUUUUUUUUGGUUGUUGUUUGCAAAUAGUACAUCCAUGUAAGUAUGCUGUGUUUGGGUUUUGUUUUUGGUUUUUGUAUUAAUAAUAUGUUUUGUUUGUUUAAUUAGUUUUGGUAGCACGUGGUAGCGAUUUAUGUGAGUUUUUCUCCCCCUUUCCGAUAUCUCCUUCACCGUUUUCUCCCGCCCUUUUCUACGAAUUUAAUCAUUUUGUUCGUUUUAUUUGCCUCCUCUUUUUUGCUGUUGUUUUUUUUUUGUUUUGUUUUCUUAUUUUUCUUUUAACUCUAUUCUGUUCUUGUCUUCAAAUUGUAUUAUUAUGCAAGCGGGCUUGCCCGUUCGGUAAAAUAUCCUUUUUCUUGUUCUGCUGCUAUACUAAUCACUUCGCUUCGUCGUGCUUUCGUCGAUUCAAUGCAGCUUCUUUUUCCAUCGGUUUUGGUGAUUUUCCUUUCUAGUCUUUCGGAAAGGGAGUUUUCUUUUUCAUCUUCUCUCUUAUUUUGAAGCAAGCCCGCUCUGUAGUGUGUAUAUAUAAGGUUGUUUUGUUUUUAUACGUUUGAUUUGAUCAGUAAAUGUAUA